AUGGAUAAAGUCUUAACUGGUUAUAAUUCUGAUGAAGAUAUAAAUGAUACUAUAGAUACUAAUAUUAAGAUAGAAAGUAUAGAGCCAAAGGAAAUAUUAAAUCAUAAAUAUAAUAAUGAUGCCAUUUAUAAUAUAGAAUCUAGAGAUGAAGCCAUAAAUAAUAAUAAAUAUGAAAAUAAUCUAUUUUUAAAUAUAAAUAUAAAUUCAGAAAAAAAUUGCAAUAAAACUAAAAAAACUAAGAAAGUUAGUAAGAAAAAUAAACAUAUGAUACAUUUUAUGGAAGCUGAUUUAAGGGACAAUAUUAAAUGUAUUAAACAACAAGAUUUAUAUACAACUUCUGCAACUAAAAACUUGAAAGAUGAAUCAAAUAAUAGACAAACAAGAAAUUCAUUCGUUUGGAGACCUAAUAUAAAUCAAAAACGAAAACAUCAGAUAACAUGGUUACUACAUGAAGCAAAUGAAUUAAAAAAAACUAGAGAUCAAAUAAAUCCCUAG